CAUCGAUUGAAAAGAUGGGGGACGAUCAAGAUCCAGGUGAAAGGGUGAGAAAACUAGUGCAGUUUGCGGGACAAGUCCACGUUGAUAACAGUAUAGCGCCCAAGAAAUACUUUAGGUCGGGUAUCGAAAUGGAGAAAAUGGUGAGUCUUUAUUCUGUAGUUCACAAGCUAACAACGAGCUGCCGCCAGAUUUCGCAAGCUGGUGUCGAUAUAAACUAACUGUUAACUUUUAAAAUCAUGCUUUCCUUUUUGAAUUUUAUGAUAUGAAGAACUGUAAGUUCAUUAUAGCUAGUAUUUAGUUCAGUUUUUUGGGCUUAUUUGUUGUAACUCUUAUUUGCAAACAGCGUGCAUCAGCUUUUUUUACGGGUUCAUUACUCGAAUUAUACUAGCCCUGUCAGUUCUAAAAAUAGGAACUGAAGUAAUUUUUUUUCAAAGAAUGAUAUACAACAGUGUUUUUUAUUAUAUGCGCAUCCGUAAAAGUCACUAAAGUUUUGGGAUUUCGUUGCCAGAGAUCGUUUUACCAAACCCAUUUCCUUCAGCAAGUUUCUCUUGUACAAAGCUCUCUAAUUCUCUUAGAGUGUUUAAAUCCACCAGGAACCUUCUUAAGUCUUAACAAACAGGCUACAAAUUUUGGAACUUGAUCAUUCUCAAUAAAUAAGGUAUAGUGGUGUGAAAACAAGCUGUUUUAAAUGGCUGAAGACGAACUGACAAGACAUAGAUAAAGUUAACUUUCCAAGCAGAUUUUUUGAAAUAUUUUUCAACCUCCCCAUUCCCCUACCCAACUUCCUGACCAUGAUCCACAAGAUUUUUUCCACUAGUGGCUUUUGGGCAGAGCUAGCUUAGCCGAGCAGUUAGAGCGCUGGAUUUGUAACUAGCAUAUUGAGGCCCCAUGUUCAAUCCACUCUCCAACCACUAGCUGGCUUUGUUUUUAGAAGUCCUGAAUUCAACUCCUUGGUCAUGCUUGUAAACAGGCAACUGAUUUGCCUGCAGCCAGUUGUGAUUCUUAACCUUGUAAGCCACAGUGAAGACUGUUGGUUUAACAGCUGUAAUUGUGUAACCCCUAUAGAGUUAUUUUUUUCUUAUAAAGACAAUGACAGAGAUUAGAGAGCAGUUAUGUGAACCAGAAAUAAGCUACAGUUGCAGUCAAAAUUGUUGAGACGUUUUUGUGUCUUCUCCUCCUCUCAAUGUUGGUGUACACGAUUUGCCGACUGAAUCGCAAUAAACAACAUUGGGCGGGAAAAGGGAAGCACGGGAAGGGAAAAAAAGGGGUUUGCGUUAAGUGUCCCAACUAUUUUUGUCUGAGACUGUGUCAGAGAGGAAUUUGAAGCAUUGUGACAGAUAACAAGAUUAAUUCAUAGUUCGUACAUAUGUGAGGGAGUUUAGUGAGCUGUGCCGUUCGAUGCGGGGUGAUUUGCGAACGAUUCUAUUUGCAGUGAACUGAUGUAAUGAACUGCAGUAGUUACUAUUUUGGGAAUUUACAUGUAAUAAAAAGAGACCCGCAAGACUGAGAAUAAAGAGUUAGUGGACUGACAAUUUUCUUGGAGCGGUAUAUUGACAAAAAGCAAAAUGGUUUUUAAGGGCACAAUUAAUAGCAUGACAUGAGCAGGUGCAUACUAUCUCUGUAACAUCCAGGGUUUUCCCAUACAGAAAGUUGCCCGAAUGUGUCAGAUUUCUAAAGGAAGCGUGUGGAGAAUCAAAAAUGAAGGCCUUCUCGGUAACAAAGACUGUAAGGAACACAUACGAAGGGGACGACCUGUGAAAUUUAAAGCACAGGAGACGGGAGGCAGUUGGUGCGAGCCAUUCAAGAACUUCGAGAGAAAGAGGGCAAUUUUUCCUGUCAAAGAAUAAUGUAAGAAGCCGGUAUUUCUGUCAAAGAUCUAUCAGUUAGAACGGUGUCCUGCUUUCUAAAUUCGCAAGGGUACUAUUAUCUUCCAGUGCGUAAAAAGGGUGUUCUAACAGUCACAGAUAAGAAGAAAAGGCUACAGUUUGCUUGACGAAUGAGAAAAGACUAUGGAGCUGAUGUCUGGACUAAACAAAUCGCUUUCUAUCUGGAUUGUGUGUCUUAUGUGUACAAGAGAAAUCCAUUGGAUCAGGCUUUGGCUCCCAAGGCAUGAAUAUGGCGAAAACAUGGCGAAGGUCUUACAACUGGCUGCUUGGCAAAAGGCAGGAAAGAAGGAACUGGCAGAAGAUAUGUGAGACUUAUAGUAGCUAUAUCCUAUGAUAAGGGUAUAAUUGCUUGUUAUCCAUACAGGAAAAUGACUGGCCGUUUAUUUGCCAAUUUUAUCGAUGAAUAUUUCACGGGAAUGUUUCUGCAGGCAGAUAAGGGGGGAGACAACUUAUUUGUACAAGACAAUUAUUGUCCAUGUCAGAAUUCUGUGUUGGCUAAACCAGCCCUGAGGAGAACCCGUGCAAAUUUACGAAAGUUUCCAGCGCGAUGUGCUGACGUUCUUUGCCAUGAAAAUCUUUUUCCUGUGGUUGCUCGUAAACUAGAGAAACGGGCCACUGAACGCCAAAUAACGAGGGAGUCGUAUAGUGAGUUCGAGGAACGAGUUAUUAACAUCUUUUAUUCCAUACCAAUAUAGUCUGCUACACAGCCAUUUUAUUUAGAUCUCUAUAGCGGGAGGAGCGAGCGUAUUUUAAAAAAGCUUAGCAGACUGUACCAAUAGGGACUAUUAAUAAAAUAUUGAAUGUUACAAAUGUAUUAAACAGUAUUUUCCUUGCUGUACUAACAGUAUAGUUCUAACUGAAAGGGGAAACUUCUUUUGUGAGGGACAAUAAACUAAACGGUAUCACUUGUAAACGCUCUUGACAUAAUAAAUUCUUAAGUAAACACAACAGACAUGGUACGCGUGUGCUUCAAUAUGAAUAAUUAUACCAAUCAUGUGUUCAAGUUGCUCUACUAUCCCAAAAACAUUAGUUAUGUAUCAUUUUGUUCGAGCCGAUGAGAAUGCUUUUUUUUUCCUUUUAAAUUUUCAAGCACCAAGAAAGUUCUCAAGAUCAUAGCUAUACAAAAGAGCAGGUGUUAAAUUGCAAAGUUUCGAGAUGUUGUGUGUACACAGUAUUUUGGCUUAACACCAAAUGGUGACAUCGGUUGUCAAACUUAUGAGCAAAUAUAGACGGAAUGAAAUAGUCAUACAACCCCAAAAAUCUGCCAUAAAAGAGGGAAAAUCCAUAAAACUGAUGACUCAUCGCAAAAGACGAGAAAAUGUGCCCUGCUAAUGCCAAAAACAGGCGGUACACUAAAGUCUACACGGGUCACCGCACUUUAAUUUAAUUAACAAAAUAGCAUGUUUCUUUUUAAACCGAAAAACUGUGUCACCAUGCUCCAAAUGUACAUAAAUUCUCUUGUGUGUAUCAAACAGCACUGAAUACGGGCAUUUUCAUUUUUGUGUGAAACACACUUGUCUUUGACUUUUUGAUUCAAUUGUUUUUACUGAACAGGUCAUAGUAAAGGCCCGGUAAAGUACGGUGACCCGUGAUGGUGACCCGAUAAACAUGUCACCAUCCCUUCACUAGAUUUGCGGGAAGAUCAGUUUGGCAAAACGAUGGAGGCAGUUAGGAGUAAUUUGUUGCUCUUCCUCGGGAAUUGGGCUUUGUAGGGCGAAAACCUUCCAACGAACUCUCUUCAUCUGCGAUUCCCUCUCGUCAAGUACUCCACCGCGCGUGAAACUGAGUUCCUCUUUACUAGUACAAAAAAUCGGAGUAUCACGUGUAAACUCGAUGUCCUGAGAGAAGUGCGUUUUCGAAGCAGGAAGAUGUACUUUUUGCCCCAUUUUGCCAGUCAUGACAACGUUUCAAGACAUGAGUUCGGCAUACCUCAAAAACUUCCUACAUUGCAAAUAUUCUUCCCAUGAAAAUCACGAAAUAUGGCUUACAAUAAAAUAAAGACACGUUAUUUCAUGCUCUGAUUGUGUUCUACCGUGAUAUGUCUUUUUUUCCAGUUCGGAAAACAGUGCUAGACAUAUGUACAUAUCCCUCAUGAUUUCCCGCCAGUAGACCCAUAGAGUAGUCACAUUCCCAAAAUUCCUCUAAAACACAGUCGCAGUCAAAAUUGUUGGGACGUUUUUGUGUCUUCUCCUCCUCUCAAUGUUGGUAUACACGAUUUGCCUACUGAAUCGCAAUAAACAACAUUGGGAGGGAAAAGGGAGGCACGGGAAGGGAAAAAAGGGGUUUGCAUUAAGUGUGCCAACUAUUUUUGUCUGAGACUGUAGCUCAUGAACUUGAUGCUGUUGCUUUACUUAAUUUACUUUUACUUUUUGAGAAAGCUCUGCUAAUUGACCACUUUUCACAAAAAUAAAGUACAUUGUAUAGCCAAAAUUCAUGUACUUAUGUUUUAUUGACGUGUGGUGUGAGAUCCUGUGAGUCCUUGAUACCUUCAGUUUUGCAAUGUUAUGUUCUGGACAAAUUCUUUGAUGUGCCACCACAUGUUGUACAAAACGUUUAGGGCUUGCAGCCCCACCUGAGUUAGCAUAUGGUAUAUGCAGUCCCUCAACAGUUUCAUGAAAGCUAGCCUGGCUCCUUCCAAUUGGCAUUACCUCACUGAUCAUAGACCCCUGUAAUAUAUACUAGACCCCUUUAAGGGGUUGCACAAUGUCCUUUACAAGUCUGAGUUUCAAAAACCUUUAGUUUUACAUGUUUGAGGAGAAAGCCUUGUUCAUGACGCAGCUUCAACCCAUCUAUGUGUCGUUUGUUGCCAUUCCAGCUGUCUUAAAGAAGUUACCGUUUCAAGGCCAUGUGGCUUGUUAGAAGUUAACCAUAACAGGGCCCUAUGUACUAGCUAGCUAGCUCACCCUUUUUCUGUUCAACUCUUGGAAUUUAGGCAAGGAUUUAUCAUGAUGAAGGAGAUUUGGAAAGGGCAUUCAUUUUAUAUUCCAAGUUUAUAACGUGAGUAUAGUGUAGUUAAAUUAUUGAAAGUAUGAUCAGACCUGGCUUAAAAAGAGCUUCUACAGUGUAGUUCCAUUAUGGUUGACAACAAUCAUGAUGUUGUAGUUCAUAGUGUUUAUAGGGUGCCCGGUAGAGCUCAAAUGUGCCACCAGCUGGUAGAGAUGCUCAGUCACUCAUUAAACGUGAGUUAAUUUGCUCUCCUUUUUCCAUCACAAGUCCUAGGAUUUCAUGGUAACCAUCAUUUCCGGUAGCGUGUUGUUACCACGGUCUUAAAAUAAAGGGACACUCUUUCUGGGUCCCGAAACCUGGGUUUAACCUCCUUUCAGGAGACACCUUAGCACUCGAAAAGUGACUGACCACAAAAAGUGUGGAUAAGUUGAAGUGAAUGCUAGUCACAAUGACAACAACUUUCGCAACAUGAACUAUUAAUCAAUGUGCCACACUUGUGGGAUUUUAACACAGAAUUUUGGAGAGAUAAGUUGAUCAUGAUUUUCUUUAUUCAUUAUUUAACUGCUUGAAAUAUUGACCACAGCAGAUAGGGAGGGAGAAUAAAAGAAAAAUGUAUUUUAUAUGUAAGUUGAUUAUUAACAAAUCCUAGCCCAACCUCCAUUCACGGGACACCUCUAUUCAGGGGACACUUUCCCCGGUCCGGAGGGUGUCCCCUGAACAGAGGCUCUACUGUAUACGGAAAUAUCCUGGAUAUUGCCAAACCUUGUCAUAGCAAACAUAUUUUUCCAGUCUCUUGACAACUCAUUAUAUAAAGGUUCCACUGUUACAAAGUUUUCAGCCGUAUCUGAGCUGCCUAUGAAUUAUUGCAUUUGUCCUCUGAAAAUUGAGCUAUGUUAAAUUAUGUGUGGUUUGCAGGCUGUUUGUGGAGAAGCUUCCAUUACAUCCAGAGUAUGCUAAAGCACCACCAAUUGAUAAAGCAAACAACAAGAAGGUCAGUUAUUUUUCAAGAGUUAAUAGUACAUGUUGGUGAUUUUAGUUGUAUUAAAAAAGAUACAAUUGGGGCUAAGGGGGUAGGGCCAAAUGUUUUUUUAGAUCUUCAGGGGUAGCUGGGAUAGGAUAUUUCUGGGCUAAUAUCACAGGUGACGAAUUACUCCUUAAUUUUGGCGCGAAAUUUCAGCGUUGAUUUGUAAUUUCACAUGUGAAAUUUCAAAAUUGCCAUGGCAACCUUCUGUACCUCUCAGUGUCAAGAUGACGACGAAGUUUUAAAAUGCCAUGAAUGAAGAUGUCAGUGCACAAAAAGACACUUAAGAAAAGCUGAACACACAAAAGAGCACAUCAAGGAGGAUUCUAACAGGUAUUUUGUUGAAAAAUUCCGAACUUAAGCCGAAAUUAAGGUCGAUACUAUCUGGAUAAACAUGUCCAAAAUUCACAAUUACUAAUGUCAUACUGCUAAAGGAGAAAUUUCUGCAAUUUGAUUGGCUUAGAGCAGUGGUAUUUCAGCUUAAUUUGAAAUACCUACAUGUGAAAAUUACAAACCUUUUCCGGGUAGUGGUGUAAACAAAUAAUAGCAUGAUUUGUAUGUGAUAUUUGGCAUAAAUACCACUCGUGAUAUUUCAAAAUUGUCUCCAAUUUCACUCACCUAACGGCUCGUGAAAUUACGUAUAACAAUUUUGAAAUAUCACUCGUGGUAUUUCUGCCAAAUAUCACUACAAAUCAUGCUAUUACCUAUACUAAUUCGUCACCUAUGAUAUUAAUAGGUAAUCAAAUGGUAUACUGAGUCUCGUGAAAUUAGGAAAUAAUUUCACUUGCAUUUUGUUUUGGACAAAGGGCGUGUAAAAUUAUUGCCUAAUUUCACUCGUCACUAUUUGAUCACACAUACUAAUUAUUAUUUACUGCAAGUAAAGUUCAUGACAAGAACAGGAGAUCCCCUGGUAUCUUACUCUUUAGUCUUUCCAAGCCAGUCUUGGAAGCAUUUGAAUUAAUUUCCCUGAAUUUAUGGUCAGGUGCUCUCCUCUUCUUCUUUUAAACUCUUUCUGCUAUAAUUUUGCAUGUGAAAAUGCCUUAAGAAUUUUUGAGGCUGCAGCCCCUUGGUCAUGGGAAAAUCAUCACAGACCUCAGAAACUCUUGAUAAUUAUGUAUUACAUUAUGGGUUUUGUAGAGCCUCAGAAAGGCGUUCACCUUGGCAGAGGAACUAAAAGGAGUUUUAAAGGAACGAUAUCAGCAGGAAUACAACCAGUUCUUAGCUGAGCAGACCAAAAAGGUAGGAUCCAUAACCAAGAGAAACUUUAUUGCAAAUAUUUAUUUAUACCUAUGUUGAAAAAGUUUAUAAUUGAUUAAUUAUGCAUAAAUUAAUGUACAUAUAUAAUUAAUUUAUGUUCCAGGCCCCGGUUGUUCAAAUGUUGUAUAGCGCUAUCCACCGGAUAAAUCACUAUCCAGCGGAUAGCGUAAUUGAUUUCCGUAAUACUUAUCUGCUGGAUAGUGAUUUAUCCGGUGGAUAGCGCUAUCCAACGUUUGAACAACCGGGGCCAGGUGUUAUAUUGACUUUUCCUGAGAAAAAUCUUUGGCAUUAUAAAACUUCUAAAACUUGUCUGUGUUGGUUCGCAUCAUAAAAGUUGCUCCACAGUAUUAGCCUGGAGUCACACAAUCAAUGUUUUUGUUACAAUAUACAGUCAAAGCUCUCUUAUAAACAACACUCUUGUAAGUGUUCAUCUGUACUUGUCACUGCACUGGAGGAGGAUUCCCCAUAAGCUUUAACUUCAAGUCAUUGAUUGUUAUUUGCUAUACUUAUUGUAGAAAGAGGAGGAAGAAGCAAAAAGAAGAGAGCUUGAGAAGGCACAAGCAGAAGAAAGAACAAGAAGAGAGCAGGAGGCUCAAAGAAUUUUACAGCAACAGAAUAAAACCGAGAUACCUGCAGACACAGGCGUGGCUACAGUUGUCACCCCAGGUGCCCCUCCAUUGAUUGGAGAUUAUCCAGCUCCACCUGUGUCACAUCAGGAAUCAUCUUUCAGUGACCAGACAGAAGUAGGUGGGAAUCAGCGUGAACACACUGCACCCAGUGAUGUUGGACAGACACAUGAAACUGUGCAGCCACCAAGCUAUUCAUCACUCUAUUCUGUACCAACUCCAAGGUGAAAAGAUCAGCCUUUUGACAUGGGUAACGAUAGAACAAAUACAAAUGAUUUUUCUUCAGAAAGUGAACAUAGGCAACUCAUAAAUAUCUGAGUUCUCCUAACAGGAGACAAAACUAUGACCUAGUCCUGAUGCUCUACCACUAAGCUACAAAAGACUUGCUUUGUGAGGGCUGAGGCCAUAAAACUCAGUUUUUGUGAUGAACAUGCUGCUACAGCUGCUGGACCAGAAUAUAAUAUUGAUAGGUUGCACUAUGAGCGCUAUGAGCAUUAAUGUGAUGGUGAAUGUUAAGCCGUGUGAUUAUAAGAGAAUGAUGUGCAUUCCUACAUUCCUCUUUCUGGUGCCAUACAGUUUAAUCAAGACUUGCUUAUAGCUUUUAUUUUUAUCAUUGUACACAUGCAAGUCAGUAAUUACUUGAUUAGUGUUAUAUUUUUUUUUUUCAGAGUGCCAUCAGUUGACAGGUCAACUAAACCAGUGGUGGCUUCAGGUUUAAAGCAUGCAUUUUUGAAUUUAUGUAGCAGUGAAAUAUCUAAAUACAUGAAGGCAUAUCUAAACCUAGGGAGUGAGGGUGGUGGUGUACUUGUGUACCAAAGACCGGAUGGGUGCUUUUUUGAAUCAAAAAGCAAGGGGUUGAGCGCACUUUUUCACAAUUGAAAUUUCAAAUUUCUGAAGUCACCAAACUUCGAUUCUUGCCCAUGUGUUUCUGUGUGUUCUCGUACUGAGAGAUUUUGGCAGGCACUUACAGUGCAUAAAGGGUUGACAUACAGAAUGAUGUAAUUUGGCAAGCAACACAUUGGUAUCAAAUUGACUGACAAGCUUACAUUGGAUUUAUGGGGAAAAACAUUAAAAUCAGACUACACUUUUGACACAGGAAUAUUUUUGAGGUAGUUUUGUGGUGGACCUUUUUUUGUUUGUACAUGUAUGGGGGAAUGGGGGGAGAUGGGAUCAAAAUUAAGCUACAUCCCCACAUCCUUGUUACUAGAAAUUAAUUACAGAAGACUUAGGGUGAUUUUCUGCAAGGCAUUGAAAAGGUGGUUGAAAGUUUAUCAUCAACAGCAUUAUUUAAAGACUGAGAACUAUUGAUUAGAGGAAAAUUUCACCAUUGAAAAGUUUUCUCUUCACUGUUCAUAGAUGCAUCCUCAUCAUCCCUUGGUCUUAGAAAGAUUCAUAUUCCUGGAGAACUUAUUAGCCUAUUUCUACGUCUCGCAUCAGAGAACACUCGAAAGAAUCUGGAGACUUGUGGCAUUCUUACUGGUCGCCUUGUAAGUAUCAUCAAUACUUAGUAUUGGCUGAUUCAGCCAAUGAUAAAGUUCUACACCUGUUUGUUUCUUGGUACUUAGAGUAUUAUUUUAACUCUAACAUGCCACAUAAGGAUAGUGCAUUGUGGGCCUUUUAAAAUUAUUUUAUAUAACAUUCUCCAUAAUCUUUUUUGCAGCAAAGCAAUAUGUUCUGCAUUACUCAUUUGAUAAUCCCAAAGCAAACUUCUACGUCAGAUUCAUGUACAACUCUGAGUGAAGAGGAACUGUUUGAAAUUCAAGAUUCUUAUGACCUCUUAACUCUAGGCUGGAUCCAUGUAAGUAUACUCUUGUGCAUGAUUAACAGAGAACAGUACCCUGUUCUUGCAAGUAUUGUAUAAUAAGCAGUCUGAGUAUUUUAUUAGUGAGUUCAAAGCAGAAGGUGCAACCGAGCACUUCAAGUUCAUUCUUUCAGUAAUCUUAGUUCAUUAAUGGGCUUUUGAUUAUUUUCUGUUGUUUUAUCAGAUUUAAAUACACCCAUAAAAUUUAGAUUUACUAGUAAGUUUAUUUAAUUUUUGUAUUUUCUUGGACUGAGUGAAUGAAGGGGUGUAUGAAAAGAAAAGAGGCCCUAAGUGACCGUUGGUCAAAGUCUCCUCCUUAGUAGACUGUUCUGCUUCACAAGAUUUUAGCACAACCAAGCAUAUUAAGUGCUUGUACAUUCUCUCAAGUCCUGCCAAGCCACGACCUGACAGACUGAAUAGGGACUGCACAGUUUACCAUUGCAGAGGCUCUCACUGGCACUCCACACAAAAAGAGAUGAUAAUAAUAAUAAUAAUAAUAAUAAGGGAAUUUCCCCUCCCCAGCCUCUGAGUGCCAUUAAAAGCCCAUGGGGGUGGGACUUAAGCAGUAUUUAUUUCUCCACAGGAUAAACAUGUCUACAGAAAAGAAUAAUUAAGAUAAAGAGACUCCUGUAUGAAAUAUAGGACUCCAAUAUGAAAGAGAGGUGUAGAUGCUUGUCAUCUUGGUUAAUGGCGUAAAUUGCACAUUUUGGUCUUGCUUUUAACACUAGAGUGUUAAGGACAGAAAGCCCAUCCAGGUCUCCCUAAGGGUUGUAUGUAAAGAAUUAUCUACAUAAAAAAAUAAACCACAGCCAUACUGUGUUGAAGACAGCAUAUAUUAAAUUUUUAAUGUCAACAUUUUAAGAGCGAAUGCACACAAAAAUCGAGCAAAUCGUGGCCACAGCUCAAAACCUAACCUACCCUCAUUUUAAGUCUGUAAUAACGUUUUAAUGAGUUUAUAACACUGCUGAGGUUUAAAUUUCAAAAUGCGUUCGAAUUUGGGAAUUAUUUGAGAUUUUCGAUUUCAACGGUCCGCGGGCCUAAAAUUAGCCGCCGAACACGGCAAUAUAGCCUAGCGACAGAAAUGAGCUGACUUUCAUAAACGAGCGAAUAUAUUGUCAAUCUUCCGCUUAAAUCUCAAAACACAGAUAUUUACAAUUUCUAAACAGCACAUUUUUUUAGAUUUAGAGCAUAAAAUAUCGACGAACGAGCACAAUUUUGAAACGUAAUUUGCAUAAUGCUUAUAAAUACAACAAUUUACCGCUAAAACCAAAAUUGAAUUUUCUAUAUGGGGGAAUUCUCCAAAUCUCCCCAAAUCCCGCUUACUACCUAAUGAGAUAUAGUACUUCAACAUUAUCUGAAAGUUAGUCUGGUGUUCUCGCGAACGCUUGUAAAAUAGAUUGAUUAUUUUGAGGUUAUUUUCACCCAAACAACCGCUAAUUGACCCCAGGGUCAGUUGACACGUGCACUUCACCUUAGUUUUUUAUGCAUCGAUUUGAGCUCGUUAAAAGGGCGAAACUAACAAGAUUCUUUUAAUAUGUACCUGUUUAACGAAAUACACGCAAUCUUCAAAAGGAGAGGCCGUUCAAUGGGUAAUGUCUGUUCUUGAGAUCUUGUAGAUUGUACCAUGGCGUCUGCAAGUGGACCUGAAUCUAGGUCUGUUUUCCCGUGACUGCGAAAUCAGAAUAACAUCAUGAAAUAGUUCUCGCUCGAACCUUCGUAAAUGAAUCCGCUUUGCAGUGCCUUACCUGAGAUAAAAAGUGGGCCGAAUAGAAAAACAUUCUAGCGCAAUUUGGAUCCUUUGCAGCACGUAGUGCUAAGCGGCGAUGGUAUCAGUGACUUUUAAUUAGUUACUCACCUCCGAUUGCGUGACCAGGCAAUUAUCGAUUGUCUCCUGCGAAAAAUAAGUGCACGGGAAACCAAAGCUUUCGGGAUACAGUAAAUUCAUUUUCCUGUAUGACCAGGUGUCCUUUUGUCCUAUUUUAAAAGCGGUUAACUAAGAUGAUUAGCAAACAUCCUGUCCCACUUUUAAAAAUGGUACAGUAACUGAAUGUUCUGUUCUUCUGAUUUUACCCCCAACCCCGGAGUGUUCAGAAGAUAUAUUUGCACUACGCAUGAAAGGCAAAUGGAUUAAAUUUUAAGGUUCAAGGCGGUUUUAAGGCAUGGGUUACCAGUGGAUUAGUCAGACUUGUCAUAAGGUGCAUUGAACGGAAAAUUACAGGCAUGAUAUCUCUGUUAUUGUAUAUAUGUCCAUUAAGUGAUUUUCCAGCAAACAUUUUUUGACUUUUUUACCCCAAAAGUUUUUUCCGUUCAAUUCUUAUCGAUGAGAUCUAAACUUAGUUAAAUUUCUGUAAUUUGUUGUUAAAUGCAAUUCUGCAAACAACUAAGUAUUUAAUUUUGCGUAAAAGCUACAUGAAAUUGUACUGUUUAGCCGUAAAUUAUAAAAAAGAGAAAGCAUCAUGCUUUCUCUUUUCAAGUUAGUAGGACUUAAGCAAUGGCAUUGCUUAAGUCCUAGUAGUUGUUCUCCAUGUCUGCUAAGGAGGAAAUAGUUUGCUCUUUUCAAGAAAUUGUUCUUGCCCAUUGCGGUUUCAAACCAAGGAUAGCAGCAAGUCUGUCGUGGUCAUAUACUGCUACUUCAGUGCAAACGAAGCAUAGGCGCACAAGUCAGCGCUUGCGUUUAGUCAGGUGCUGAAAAUGAAGUGGAGGGCGUCCAUGUUCGCUCCGGCUCGAAAAGGUAGAAUCAGUUGUGCAGUAAAAAGUAAUGCGAAAAACCUGCGGGGGCUGGGGAAAGAAAGGCGUCUUAUUUUUCUUUGGCUUGUUCUGUUUUCGCGACGUGGUACAGGCUAAGGGGUGGCGAAUGGUAAAAUCCGAGACUCGCCGAGACGCCGAGAUCCUAGUUAGAAAUCCGAGCCCGAGACCCUUUGGUGAAAAUUUUCGAGACUCAAAAAAGUAAAACAAACCAUGAAAAAACGAGACUUCGAGACUUAUCAAAAACGCUUCCGAGAUUUCGAGAUCCUGCCAAAAUUUUCCGAGACCCACGUUUUUCGAGGUACCAUUCGGCACCCCUAGGCUACGAAAUACUGACAAGCUCAGUAUAUGUCGUCACCACCGAGAGUCACUUGCCCUUAGCCGGACACGCCCCUCACGUAUCAUGUUUCGUUCCUAAAGUUAUUUCAAAGCACAGAACCAAACCUAAUCAGCGGCCAAAGGCAGAAAGGGGGAUGAGCAAACGGAUGUCACAGCAUAUUUUGCAAGAAACUGGUAUCCUUGUGCUUAUCGGCUCAGGAACGAUCAGGGUCAGAAUUUGAGUGCUACAAUGGGAGGGAAGGAAGAAAAGGAAACCGCCGCGCACACCUGUUAAGUCUUUUAUAAACUUUCUCGUCCUGACGGUUUCAAGGAAGGGCGUUGUGGCUGCUAUAGAGUGUUUUUCACAUGACGUCACGGCGGCCAUAAUGGUGUCCCAAAACAAUGAAACGGCGGCCAUGUUUGUGUCCCAAACCAGUCCUGUGGGAGUUGAACUCCUUUCUUAUGCAAACGCUUUCUUUUGUUCCAAUAAAUUUGCAUAGAUGCUGGCUACGUCAGUGAAAACACUCUAUUUAAUUUACAGUGUCUGUUGCAGGUGUCGAAUUAAUCUUACAACAACCGGAAACGUGGCCACGCCUGCUGAAACUGAGAUUGGUUGUAGGAUGAACGGCUAUAGUUUGGUAUAUUCACGAGCGCGUUUUGUCCAGUGAACUGAGAGGGUAGUUUUUCUUAACGAAGGGAUGGGGUGGGUCAAGUGAAUAGUUCGGGGAACGAUUCUCAUGGUCUAACAGUGCGAAGAUUAGACUUCUGGUAAGGUGGCAACGAUCAAGGCCCGCAUUAUAAUUCAUAAUAAUUGAAGGUCAUGAUGUGGAAAAAGCGACUGAAAUGGUGGAUGCCAUGCAAUCCUCUCGGGUGGGGGCGGCGUACCUGGCCUUAACGGUUGCCCCUGCGACAGAAUGCAAGCAUGCCCAGAUUGUCCACGGGUUGCUAAAUGAGACCGUCCCUUUCUUAGUACCCGUUCCCUGUCUUAUAAUUAGACCCGGGCAAAUUUCUCGAGAUUGCACCAUCAUUUUGGGCUUAAAGCUUCCAAACUCCAGCAAUAAUAGCGCAUGUUCGCGAUGGUUUUUUAAGUCAGUCAAGUUCUUAAACCAGGCCUUAAACGGCCAGUUUUAAGUGUCGAUAACAGUUAAAAAGGCAUACAAGCCUCAUGCAAAAGACAGUGGGAAGGAAGUGCACGUCGGUGAUGGGGAAAAGGAGUAGCCUACAGUUAUUUAGGGGUGGAUCUUUCGAAACAUUCUUAUAUUCUUGGACAGAUAUGCAUUGUUUAAAGUUUUAGACAAACCAGGUGUAAAUUUAUAGUAACAAACUGUUAAAUAUACAUCAGCAAGAUUUUUGCGAAUCCUAUUUUUCGCUGGAGACUAUCGUUUACUGGCUGGUCACGCAAUCAAAGGUUACGUACUUUCCUACGUUUGUUUACUCACCUUUCGCUCAGCAAUACACUGCGUUCCACAAAGGAUCCAAAUUGCGCUAGAAAUGUUUUGCUAUUCGGCCCACUUUUUAUCUCAGGUAAGGCACUGCAAAGCUGAUUCACUUACGAAGAUUCGAGGGAGAAUUAUUUCUUGAUGUUAUUCUGAUUUCGCAGUCACGGGAAAACAGACCUAGAUUCAGGUCCACUCGCAGACGCCAUGCUGCAAUCUACAAGAUCUCAGGAACAGAAAUUACCCAUUGAACGGCCUCUCCUUUUGAAGAUUGCGUGUAUUUCAUUGAAACAGGUACAUAUUAAAAGAAUCUUGUUAGUUUCGCCCUUUUAACGAGCUCAAAUCGAUGCAUAAAACUAAGGUGACGUGCACGUGUCAACUGACCCUGGGGUCAAUUAGCGGUUGUUUGGGGCACAAUAACCUGAAAAUAAUCAAUCUAUUUUACAAGCGUUCGCGAGAACACCAGACUAACUUUCAGAUAAUGUUGAAGUACUAUAUCUCAUUAGGUAGUAAGCGGGACUUGGGGUGAUUUGGAGAAUUCCCCCAUAUAGAAAAUUCAAUUUUGGUUUUAGCGGUAAAUUGUUGUAUUUAUAAGCAUUAUGCAAAUUACGUUUCAAAAUUCUGCUGGUUAGUCGAUAUUUUUGCUCUAAAUCUAAAAAAUGUGCCGUUCAGAAAUUGUUAGAUAUCUGCUUUUUGAGAUUUAAGUGGAAGAUUGCCAAUAUAUUCGCUCGUUUAUGAAAGUCAGCUCAUUUCUGUCGCUAGGCUAUAUUGCCGUGUUCGGCGGCUAAUUUUAGGCCCGCAGACCGUUGAAAUCGAAAAUCUUAAAUAAUUCCCAAACUUGGCCGCAUUUUGAAAUUUAAACCUCAGUAGUGUUAUAAACUCAUUAAAACCUUAUUACAGACUGAAAAUGAGGGUAAGUUAGGUUUUGAGCUGUGGCCACGAUUUGCCGAUUUUGCUCGAUUUUUCUGUGCAUUCGCUCUUAAGCACAAUUGAAAUCACUAUUUUAAAAUAGCAUUUAUUUGGUUGUGUGCUUUAGUAUAGUCUCCCGUAGGGGUUAAGGUAAGCCUGAGAAGGGUCAACAUCGGUCUCCUUUGAGAGGUUUAAUUCUAAUUUUCUGACAAGCCUUCAUCUCCCUCGGGACAAAGAGGGCCUCUGCGGAGCAGAGAGUGAGAAUCUUGAAAGGUAUUUGUCAGUAGUCUGCUUUCCUGAUGGGUCCCCCUUUAUUUAAAAUAAUUCAAUAAUGCAAUGUUAAAGGUAAAAUUUAUUUUAUAAAUAUAACUGUGUUUCUACUGAUUUUCAUCAGACACACCCUUCUCAGACCAGCUUCAUGUCAAGCGUAGAUCUUCACACGCACUGUAGUUAUCAACUCAUUAUGCCUGAAGCUAUUGCAAUUGUGUGUGCUCCAAAAUUUAGCGAGUAAGUAGUAACAGUAACUAUCAACCAUCAUAUUAUGAUGGUGUCAGCAGGUGUUCCUUCCCCAGAAUGCCUAUAAGUGUACAUUGUCACAUGUGCUGCACAAUCAAGUCAUGAUUUUAGGAAGUUUGAUUUAGAAUGGGGUAUACCGGUAACCAAUAAUAAUUUUUAAUACCUUCACAAAAUCAGGAAGCUUUUAUAAUCAUCACUGUUUCCAUGAAUCACCUACAUGUGUGAUGCAGGUCUUUUGUGUGGGCAACAUUGUGAACCUGAUUACUAAACUUGUAUAAAAAAAAAUCCUACUCCUCCUGCACUUUUUUAGGAGAGUCACUAACAUACAUGUAUAGUGCACGUUUUCAGCUAGAGCUUGAAGCGAGAACCCCAUGAGGGAGAAAGAGGAAAAAAUCACCUGCAUUCCCAAGAAGUCAUUACUGCUAUAGUAGACAAAAUUAUUAGUGUCUGUAACCCCAAAGGGGGGUACUCUCUAUAGCGCCCUAUAAGAAGCUAGGCCACCCUGAAAAGAGUACAUUUUUUAUACAUCAGGUGCAUGAAGGGGUAGGGAUUGCAAUGGUUGAAGUAUACAGAGGGUAGGGAAAUCUGUAAUUUGUUCUGUAAAAUGACCUAAAAGGGCUGACAGACGCAUUUUAAGGCUGUGCAAAAAACAAGAAAACUUCUUAGUUUAGUGAUUCCUAAUGAUUUAAUAGUAAGUAAGUAGGUAAGUAAGUAAUUGGUUUAAUAACAGGGUUUCCAUUGCGGCCCUUUAUCUGUUAGUUAUAACUAAAAAAUAAAAUAUGUAUCAAAUAAAAUAAUUAUACUAAAAUAGAAAGUAAAAUAAUAUGCAAAAUAGAAGUAUUUGCAGCUGAAGAGAUGCCGCAUUCUAAACUGGGUAUGUGAAAGAGGUACCUUUUCUUUCAAAAUUUGUAUGGAAAAGAGUAAGUUGUUGGACCUUGGGGUGGAGCCUCCUCAUAUAAUACUUUUUUGAGUGCCCCCCAGGAUGUGAUCAAUCUGCAGGCUGAGAUGUAUUGUUUGUGGAAUUUUGCAGGACUGGAGUGUUUUCACUCACACAGGAAUAUGGUCUUCAGUUUAUUUUAAACUGUAAAAAACCAGGAUUUCACCCACACCCUAAAGAGCCACCUUUAUACCAGGUAAGUGUUGUUGUCUUACACACUUUCUCCUUGUACUGCUAUUCCUAUUCACAUCUUUCCCAGUCAGUUUUUCAGUCUCUCACAUCAAAGUGAUCAAUUGCCUUCUUGCUCUUACACAGAAAAGAAAUGAAUGAACUCCUUUUAACAAUGGCCUCCGCUCCUAAUAGCAGGAAUCUGAGUACUAAAAUGCUUUCUUUUUACUAAUUGCCUUUCAGGAAAGUUCACACAUUUUGUGGGACAAAGUUGCCAGAGUUGAAGUGAUUGAUCUAAGAUAAAGAAUUUUAAUUCUUGUAAAGAAGACUAUGUAAUCAGUAAUACCUUAUGAAGGAAAUAAAUAACAGAAUUAUUCCCAUAUAAUCGCCAGGCGAUAAUAUCUGAUGAAAAAAAAUUUGAAGGGGUCAACAUACGGUGAAACCUGUAUUAAGCAGACACCUUCAGGGAAUACUGUUGUGUCCACUUAAUACAGGGUGUCCACCUAAUACAGGUGUCAAUAGAUAACGUCAAAUGAGGUGUCAAAUGCCAUUCAAAUGAACAGUGGAAACGUUUAGAGAUUGCAACUCAAAUUUGAAGAAAUCAGAUAAGUGGAACAAGCUCCAUACAAACAAAACGAAAUAAAAAACAAUACUACUGUGAAACUAAUCAAGUAAAGUCGUCUAGUCACGUUUUUUAAUGUAAAAAUCGAAAAAUUUGUGGGUGGCAAUUCAAGGCAAUCUUUCACAUUUCUGGUGUCUGGCAUGUUCGGUGGUUGAAUUUAAUUACAAGUGUCCGUUUAGUACAGGUUGGCAACAAUAGAAAUUACCAUUUCAGGUACUUUUUAGGUGUCCACGUCCACUUAAUAGAGGUGUCUGCUUCCAUAAUAAAGGUUUCAUUUAAUCUCGUUAUUCCAACCUUGCAUUGUAGAAUUUUGUAUAUAUGGCAAAAAUAAAUAUGGAAUUGAAUUGAAUUGUAAAAAGUAAAUAAGGGACAUAAAUUUGGGGACUUCAACAACUGUCCGCUUAAUAGAGGGUGACCGCCUAAUACAGUGUCCACUUAAUACAGGUUUCACUGUAAAGUAACGUGAAUUUUAUAUUAUAAAAUCAGAGAUCUGUCCUCCAAUGCAUACUUAUCUGUAAUUGUAUGCAUUUGAAAUUGAGAUGGCUCAGACCAGGCUUGAUACUUCAGAAGAACAAUGUAAAAUUAGUAGAG